AUGUCUCUAACUGUCUUGUUCAGUGUGCUGCUGGCUUCAGGUGGAUUUCCACUUGUUAGGAGCUCAUGUCCUUCUCAGUGCAGCUGUUUUUAUCACAACCUGAGUGAUGGUUCAAGAGCCAGGAGCGUGAUUUGCAAUGACCCAGAGAUUUCCCUGGUGCCCGCCACUUUCCCACAGGACACCUCGAAACUUCGGAUCGAAAAGACUGCCAUCAAGAGGAUCCCGAGCGAGGCUUUUAGUUACCUAUCCAAUUUAGAAUUCCUUUGGAUGUCUUUUAACAUUUUAUCCUCUCUCAACUCGGACAGUUUCCAUGGUCUUUACAGUUUAGAGGAAUUAAGGCUGGAUGGAAACUCACUGACUUCAUUUCCGUGGGAAUCUCUAAUGGACAUGCCCAGUCUUAGGUUACUCGAUAUACACAAUAACCAGCUCUCCUCCAUUCUGUCAGAGGCAGCUCCCUACAUGAAAAAUUUAACCUACUUGGAUCUAUCCAGUAACAGUUUGCUUACGGUGCCAUCUGAGGUUCUUAGUACUUGGUUGACGGUCAAACCUAUCCCGGGACCUGAAAGUUCAAAAAUGAUCCUUGGACUCCAUGACAACCCUUGGAUGUGUGAUUGUCGAUUAUAUGACCUGGUCCAGUUCCAGAAAUCUCCCAGUCUGUCAGUGGCCUUCAUUGACACGCGGCUCAGGUGCGCUGAUCCUGAGAGCGUCUCCGGCGUUCUGUUUAGCGAUGCAGAGCUCAGGCGCUGCCAGGGGCCACGGGUCCAUACGGCUGUGGCCCGGGUGAGGAGUGCGGUAGGCAACAAUGUUCUCCUGCGCUGUGGAACCAUUGGGGUCCCCAUCCCAGAGCUGGCAUGGAGGAAGGCAGAUGGCAAGCCAGUGAAUGGGACAGUUCAACUGGAGAAUUCAAAGGAGGGGAUAGUUUGGUCUAUUCUAAGCGUGCCUGCUGUGUCUUACCGUGACACUGGAAAAUACAUCUGCAGAGCCACAAAUUACGCAGGAAGCGCAGAGGCUGUCAUUUCUUUGAUUAUAAGUGAUUCGCCCAAGGCGGAGAAUCUGACGUUAAUUCCGAAAGCCAAAGUUAAGGGCAAGAGGCCAAGUCCUAUUGUCAAGGCAGCCUAUCAAGACAAACUUUUUGCCACAUACGUUUCACCAACACCCAGGAAUCCACCCCCUCUCGGCGCAACUGGGAGUUACACAGGCCCAUAUCCAGGUAUGGAGAGGGACAAUGCCGCCAACAGUCGAGCAAAUACACAAACAGCCAGUCCCAACGGGUACCUGGAGACCAAUCUUAGCAAUCUCGCUGCAAACACAUCCUCUCUCCAGCAAGACCCUGACAGGGUGGUCCGCACCGUAAAAGUGAUCGGUGAUACAGACUACACCGUGUGUCUUAACUGGAGAGCCCCGACGGCUAAAAACACCACGGCAUUCAGCGUCCUCUAUGCCGUAUUUGGAGAGAGGGAUAUGCGCAGAAUCAACGUUAGUCCUGGCAACAACAGGAUCACCAUCGAGGGACUGGUUCCAAAAACCAAAUACAUCGCCUGUGUGUGCGUCAAGGGGCUGAUCCCCAAAAAGGAGCAGUGUGUAAUCUUCUCAACAGAUGCGGCGGCGAGCGCUAAUGGAACCCAAAAGCUCAUUAAUGUAGUAGUAAUCACAGUCGCCUGCGUGAUCGCCGUGCCUCUUACUGUUAUUGUGUGCUGUGGGGCGCUUAAGAGGAAAAUUCAAAAGUUUCUGGGGAAAAAGUCGAAAGACAUUCAGGACUCGUAUGUGACGUUUGAGACGCUUUCCCCAAACACAAAGGCCAAAGGUUUGGAAGGGGAAUACCUCACCAGACUCAACGCAGAGGAGUCCAACAGACUGCUGUCGGCAAGGUCUAGUAUGGACUCUGAAUCCACAGCUAAGAUUGAGGGACAGCCAAAUGAAUACUUCUGCUGA